AUGGCAGAGCCCCCCAGAGAACCGCAGGGGCCCGAAUAUGCGGAAAGCCGCCAGCCCCCCAGCCGGAACCAGCCGGACGCAGAAGCGAGUCAGCCGCCGGGCCAGGCACCUGCUCAGCCCCUGCGGAGCACCCCCUACCAGCCCGAGCAGCCGCGGCUGAGCGCUUACGAGCAGCAGGAAGGCCGGGGCACCAUGUACCAGCCCCAGCAGGCCAGAGGCGCCCUUUUUCAUUCGAGGGGCGGCAUCCCCGAUUCGAGGGGCGGCGUGUCUUGGCAGCAGCCGCAGCCGAUCGAGAAGGGGAAUGUUCAACUGCCCUCCAACGCCGCCGGAGGCGCGCUUCCGGAUCAGGGACCUCUGCCGGGGCCGGGGAGUAUUCCUGCCUCGGCGACCAGAAGCAGCCAGAACCUGCAGUCUGAAAGCGGAGGCCACGGCCCUUAUCAGCCCCAUGAACCUGGCUACCUGUCUCAGCUGGGCAUGAUGAGCUUAUAUGAAGACCAGCUUCCAGACCCGGGCCCUCGGGCUCUGGCGAUCAACAGUGCCAAAGCCUACCUCUUGAAAACGAGCGUCAAAACGGGCGUGAGCUUGUAUGAUCAUCUUGCUGACAUGUUGGCAAAGAUUCUAGAAGAGCGGCCCAAAAAUCCAGCAGAUAUAAUUGAGAACAUCAGUAAGGAUGUAAAGUGUGCUCGGUUCCAGAAGAAACUGGACACCCUCCGAGAUGAAUUUGAAAAACAUCCAACAUUUGAAGUUGCUGAAAUGUACAAGACUCUGUUCCAGAGGGUUGGUGGUGAUGGCACAGAUCAAGAACCAGAAGAGGAAUCGCCAGACACUCCUCUACCCAAUGUAAUGGAGAUAGCCUACUAUUUUGAACAGGCUGGAAUUGGUUUGAGCUUGGAAGAAUACUAUCACAUAUUACUUGCCCUCAAACAACUGCUUGCCACUCAUCCAAUCCAGACCUGUCGCUUCUGGGGCAAGAUCCUUGGCAUCGAAGCAAACUAUAUUGUAGCUGAAGUUGAUUUCCGUGAAGGAGAAGAAGAGGAAGAAGCAGAGGAAGAAGAAACUCUUGAGGAAGGAUUAAGAGAGGGAACUGAGGUCAGGGAUGACGACGAAGAAGAAGAUGAAGAAAAAGAUGAGCCACCAAAACCCAACUAUAAGCCACCGCCAAUAAUACCAAAAGAGGAUUAUCGGACAGGGGCUAAUAAAUACACUUAUUUUGUUUGCACUGAACCAGGCAAGCCAUGGGUGAAAUUACCACAUGUGACCCCUGAUCAGAUAGUGAAUGCCAGGAAAAUUAAGAAGUUCUUUGUUGGAAAGUUAGAUGCCCCCAUUGUGAGCUACCCACCUUUCCCAGGCAAUGAGGCCAAUUAUCUGAGAGCACAGAUUGCCCGCAUUUCAGCAGCAACACAGGUCAGUCCACUCGGGUUUUAUCAGUUUGGAGAAGAAGAAGGGGAUGAAGAAGAAGAAGGCGGAGCUGGAAGAGACAGUUAUGAAGAAAAUCCUGACUUUGAACCCAUUCCUGUGCCAGAGAUGUUGGAAACCCUUUCCAACUGGGUGCAUCAUGUACAGAAUAUUUUAAAACAGGGGCGCUGUACCUGGGUUAAUCCCUAUCAAAAGUCAGAGGAAGAAGAGGAAGAGGAGGAUGAAGAAGAGAAACCAGAUGAGCAAGAGGAGUUACAAGAAACAGGACCUCCACUUCUCACGCCACUGUCUGAUGAUGCAGACAUUCAAAACAUCCCUCCGUGGUCUACUGAAGCUUCAACACAUUUAAUUCCUCAAUAUGCCCUUGCUGUCCUUCAAGCUAACUUGUGGCCUGGCGCAUACUCCUUUGCUACUGGAAGGAGAUUUGAUAACAUCUACAUUGGCUGGGGUCACAAAUACAGUCCAGAUAAUUUCAGCCCUACAUUGCCACCCCCAGUGCAGAGCGAAUAUGUUACUGGACCUGAAGUCACAGAAUCACUUGAUCCAACUGUGGAAGAAGAGCUUGCGCUCAAGGCUGCACAAGAGGAGGCAUUGGACGCAGAAGAAAUGGAAGAGAUGGAGGAGGAGGAAGACGAGGAUGAGGAUGAUUAAGCUCUAAAGAGCUAUGAUAGUUGUAGUA